GAUCCAUCUGAAUGAGAGGUGAUAGCAGCUGAGAAUCAGCUGAUCACUCGUUUUGAUCUUUGUUUGUGUUAAAGUUUACAAGAGUAAAACAAAAACACCACAACACGCGUGGUCUCCGCAUGUCAAGCAGUCCACCUGAAUCUUGUGCGACGCUGCGGCGAUCUCCGCUGAUAAGUGCUUCGUGAGCGACAAGUGCCUUAAUUGUGCGCCGCGAUUCCCUGCGCACUUCGAAAAUACGCUGCUCGCUCUCCGUGUGAUCGGUUUUGGCUUGCAUGUGUGUGAUUAUCAGUGUCGCGUGAAAGCAAGAACGUCUCGUAGCGAUGAAGUGCGUGUUGUGUCGAGGCAGCGGUUUAUGAUCUCAACGGCAUUUAACAUCGGUGCCUGUAGAUCAUUGAUACGCUCAUCAUCGCAGGUGGGAUUCGCCCUGUUUUCAACCAUGUCUACAUUGGAGACGUUGAGGUUUGAUAACUUGGCCCUGCGGACGCUGCCCCUCGACAAGGAAACGCGUAACUACGUGCGUACCGUGAGUGGUGCCGUGUUCUCGCGGGUAUUGCCAGCACCGGUCGAAUCGCCCGAAAUGGUUGUCUUCUCCGAAGACGCGAUGAUGCUGCUAGACCUCCCGCCAUCCGAGUUGCAAAGGAAAGACGCGCCAGAGUAUUUCUCCGGCAACAAGCUCCUGCCAGGGUCGGAAACGGCGGCGCACUGCUACUGCGGACAUCAGUUCGGCUACUUCGCUGGCCAGCUCGGCGAUGGUGCGGCAAUGUACCUUGGUGAGGUCAUCAACCGCAAGGGUGAACGCUGGGAAAUUCAGCUGAAAGGGGCCGGGUUGACACCGUACUCAAGGUCUGCAGAUGGCAGAAAAGUACUGCGCUCAUCACUUCGAGAAUUUUUAUGCAGCGAGGCCAUGCACUACCUUGGCAUUCCCACCACAAGGGCCGGAACAUGUGUCACAUCCUCGACAACCGUGUCGCGCGACAUGUUCUAUGACGGGCAUCCUAAAAACGAGAAAUGCUCAGUGAUUCUACGAAUUGCCCCGACAUUCCUAAGAUUUGGGUCUUUCGAAAUAUUCAAGACCUUGGACAGCUUCACCGGAAGAGUUGGGCCUAGCGUCGGCCGCAAGGACGUCUUACUUCAGCUCCUCAAUUAUGCCAUUGAGACGUUCUUUCCAGAGGUUUAUCGCAGUUGUGGUGAUGACAGGGAACAAAUGUACGUAGAAUUUUUCAAGGACGUUGUCAAGAAGACUGCACACCUCGUUGCAAAGUGGCAGUGCGUAGGGUUUUGCCAUGGGGUACUAAACACUGACAACAUGAGCAUACUUGGACUUACUAUUGACUAUGGUCCUUUUGGGUUUAUGGAGCGGUUCGACCCGGACCACAUCUGCAACACCUCAGAUGAUGGAGGUCGGUAUACAUACAUCAAACAGCCUGAAAUCUGCCUGUGGAACUUGAGGAAGUUUGCGGAAGCCAUACAGUCAGCUGUUCCACUCUCAAAGACUGUGCCAUGCCUGGAUCUGUACGCAUCGGAGUACGAAGCGUGCUUCCUAGGGGGAAUCAGGAGGAAGCUUGGCUUGCUCAAGAAGGAACUUGCCGAGGACAAGGACCUCGUCACAUCUUUCUACGACACCAUGGAAAGGACAGGUGCCGAUUUCACGAGGUCGUUCAGAUGUCUGAGCACGCUUGCAGUUCCAGGACACCCCGACCACGAGCCUAGCAAGGAGAGCCUUCUAUCGAAACUCCUGUCGUGCUGCAGCAGUCACGCUGAGCUCACCGACCACUUAAAAUCUCAGACCAGCUCUCGAGAUUUCCAGCUGUUUCUUAUACUCUCCAAGAACAAUCCGGAAUUGCUAGAGCAACUUGGCAAAGGUGCCCUCGCAAAGGAAAGAAUUAUGGCUCAGAUAGAAAAGGCCAAAGAACUUAAGGAAAUGAGUGCGGAAGAUUUUGAGGCCCGGAACAAAAAGAUGUGGACGGAUUGGAUCGAAGCAUACUGCAAGAGGCUGACGACAGACGUGGAAGGGGUGAAAGACUUGCAAGCCCUGCAGGAUGAGAGAGUUCACGUCAUGAACAACAAUAAUCCGAGGUUUGUCCUCAGGAACUACAUAGCACAACAAGCUAUUGAUGCAGCAGAGAAAGGAGAUUACAACGAGGCUCGAAAAGUGCUGAAGAUUUUGCAGCGCCCAUUCUCUGAUGAUCCUUUGGAGCUGAAAGGAAAACAAGUUUGCCCUGCUGUGUUUGAUGAAGGAUUCUACGAAGGAAGAUAUGCAUUGAGUGCCGCUGCGUUGAGGGUCUCCUGCUCAUCUUAACAGAUG